AUGGCAUUCAAAUUCUUGGCAUUCUUCGCUCUCGUAGCCGCCGCCCAGGCUGGAGUUAUCCAACAAGCUUAUUCAGCUCCCGCUUACUAUUCUCAUGGUCAUCCUUAUGGCAAUGACGCCCUUCAUGCUACACCAACUGUCUAUGCUGAACCCACAUACACAAAGACCAUUGUUGCCCAACCAACUCUCGUCAAAGCCUACGCUCCAGCCUACGCCAAGGCCGAUGAAUAUGACCCCAACCCACAAUAUGCCUUCUCAUACGAUGUCCAUGAUAGCUUGACCGGUGACGCCAAAUCCCAACACGAAACUCGCCACGGAGAUGUCGUCGAAGGAUCUUACUCGCUCAUCGAAGCUGACGGAACCAAACGUAUUGUUGACUACACCGCUGACCCACACCACGGAUUCAACGCCGUUGUCCGCAAAGAAGGUACCCCCAUUGUACAAAAAGCUGUUGUCGCUACCCCAGUUGUCCAAAAGACUUUGAUCGCUCAACCCGUUGUUCAAAAGACUUUGAUCGCUCAACCCGUUGUUCAAAAGACUUUGAUCUCGCAACCCGUUGUUCAAAAGACCAUCGUCUCGCAACCAGCUGUCUAUGCUCAACCCGCAUACGUCAAGUCUUAUGCUCAACCUGCCGUCUAUGCCCAUGCUCAACCAGCUGUCUAUGCUCAUGCUCAACCAGCAGUCUAUGCUCAACCCGCAUACACAAAGACCGUUGUUGCUCAACCAGCUCUUGUCAAGUCUUAUGCUGCUGCCCCAGCUUUGGCCUACAACGCCUAUGACAACUACCAUCAUUAA